CGUGCGUCGCCGCCGCCGAGGCCGAGCCCGGAGCCGCGGUUGAAGCCGCCGCCGCCGCCGCCGCUCUCCUUCCUCCUCCUCCUCCGUCCGUCCCGCAGCCCCGUAGCCGCCAUGUCGGCUCAGGCGCAGAUGCGGGCCCUGCUGGACCAGCUGAUGGGCACGGCCCGGGACGGUUCAGUGUAUCUUUGCCUGCCUACAUCAAUCUGCAAGGGAGUUGCAGAAAAGCCUCAUGUUCAUCGAGCCGAGAUGAAACCAGGCAAAGGGUGAAGUUUACAGACGAUCGUGUCUGCAAGAGCCACCUCCUGGAUUGCUGUCCUCAUGAUAUCCUGGCAGGAACAAGAAUGGACCUAGGAGAGUGUACAAAGAUCCAUGACUUGGCACUGAGAGCAGAUUAUGAGAUUGCAAGUAAAGAGAGAGACCUUUUUUUUGAGCUGGAUGCUAUGGAUCACCUGGAAUCCUUCAUUGCGGAGUGUGACAGGAGAACAGAGCUGGCCAAGAAGCGCCUGGCUGAGACACAGGAAGAGAUCAGUGCUGAAGUAUCUGCGAAGGCAGAGAAGGUACAUGAACUGAACGAAGACAUUGGAAAACUCCUAGCUAAAGCUGAACAGCUGGGAGCUGAAGGGAAUGUUGAUGAGUCUCAGAAGAUCCUGAUGGAAGUGGAAAAAGUCCGAGCAAAAAAGAAAGAGGCAGAGGAAGAAUACCGAAAUUCAAUGCCUGCAUCCAGCUUCCAACAGCAAAAGCUGCGUGUGUGUGAAGUCUGUUCAGCAUAUCUUGGUCUCCAUGACAACGACCGGCGUCUUGCUGACCACUUUGGAGGCAAAUUACACUUGGGUUUUAUUCAGAUUCGUGAGAAACUGGAUCAGCUGAGGAAAACAGUGGCAGAAAAGCAAGAGAAGAGAAACCAGGAUCGUUUGAGACGGAGAGAAGAAAGGGAACGAGAGGAGAGAAUGGGCAGGCGGUCUGGAUCGAGAAAUAGAGAUCGUCGAAGAUCACGCUCGCGGGACAGGAGGCGAAGGCGCUCCAGGUCGGCUUCCCGUGAGCGGCGGAAGUCCCGCUCCAGGUCCCGAGACCGACACAGACGCCACCGGAGCCGCUCCCGCAGCCACAGCAGAGGUCACCGCCGGGGGUCCAGAGACAGGAGUUCCAAACACAAAUCUUCUAGGGAUCGAUCUUCAAGAGAGAAGUCACGAGACAGAGAGAGGAAAGAGAAGAGCUCUUCUGAGAGGCGGCACGAGAGCACCAAUGGCAAAUCUCGUUCCAAGAGAUCAGAGGAGAGAGAAGCUGGCGAGAUCUGAACUCAAAACGAUCGGUGUUGCACUGUAAAUAGUCCGAUAAACAUUCUACACAAAGCCGAAAUUUCCCCAUUUAUAUUUACUGAAUACGACUCAUCUUUUGUAGUUCUGACUUUUUAUUGUUUGGCUGAUAGCUGUGAGUUUGUAGAGACACCCCCCCCCCCCCAUUCCCGUACUGUUUAACAGGAUUUUGGUUUAGUAGGAAUAAAAUAAAUCUGAUGGCUCCUUUUCAAU